AUGAACGGAGUAGCGUCAAUUUUUGCACCCAAUAUGCUGCCUUCUACCCUCAACCUCACUCCUUUACCCUCUCCUUGGACUGAACACAUCGCGCCGACUGGUCACUACUAUUACUAUAAUCCUAUCACCACGGAAUCCACUUAUAUUCGCCCGAUAUCCCUGACUACCCUACUAUCUAACGCACUUUCAAACGUAUCUACUACAAAGAAGAAGAAAAAGAAAGAAAAGCCGUUACGAAAACAGGCUAUCCCCGAUACUCCUUGGUUGCGCGUUGUUACUAAUCGUGGAAACGUCUUUUAUGCGAACAAAGAUACGAAAGAAAGCACAUGGGAUGUGCCUCAAGGUCUCGAAGAAGCGCUUGCUGCGAUGGGCCUAGACGAAAGCGAUGAAGAGGAAACAGCUGAGCAGGAGGAAGAGAAGAAGGCCGUUCUCUCCCCCUCUGGAGCGAAAAGGAAGCUAGAAGAAAACGAGACUACGCCGGAGGAAGAGAGGAGGAAGAGAAAGAAGCUCGAGGGUAGUACUGCUCCAAAAUCUACGACUAUUUCGAUGGAAGAUGUGCAGGAUGAGGACGAGGAUGAAGAAGCAUGGCAAC